CUCAGGCGCACUCUCGCUCAUGGUACAUUACAGUUCAAAUCGGAACAAUUUCCGUUGGAUUCUUCAACCCUCAAAAAAUAAGAAAAUAGUACAUAUAUCGGUAAAAACAAAAAUCAAAAUAAAACAAAAAAAUACCUGGAACGACUCAGCUACACUUUUUAUGAUGACAUUAUUUUUUCAAAACAUCAGCAACAACUUUAGCCUUGAAAUGGAGAAGCAGCAGGACCUGAACAGAAACAAGAGCCUUGCCAACAUUGAAGUCGCCCUUCUGUGCGCAAUUUUCCUGUGCGCUCUGGGUUUAAAUUCGAGGAUCCUCGUUAUCCUCUGGAAGAGACGAAAGCAGGUUUCCAGAAUGCGCGUUUUUGUGCUCCACCUUUGCUUGGCAGAUCUCGUGGUGGCUUUUUUUCAAGUUUUUCCACAACUUUUUUGGGACAUAACAGACAGAUUCGUUGGCCCCGACGUGGUGUGCAGGCUGAUAAAGUAUUUACAGAUUGUAGGCAUGUUUGCUUCGACAUACAUGAUUGUGGUGAUGACUCUGGACCGCUACCAGGCGAUAUGCAAACCGAUGGUGACUUUCCAAAGAAAGAGAGGUCGCUGGAACGUCCCGGUAUGCGUGGCUUGGGGCAUCUCUUUAGUCGGAAGCCUCCCUCAGAUUUUCAUAUUUUCUAAGGUUGAAGUUUCACCAGGAGUAUUUGACUGUUGGGCUCAGUUUAUAAAGCCGUGGGGACUGAAAGCGUAUGUGACCUGGAUAACACUGGUGAUUUUCAUUUGUCCGGUCCUCACCGUGAUAGUCUGCCAGGUGCGAAUCUACCGAGCUAUCCUGAUAAACCUGUACACAAAGACGCACCAGCACAAAAAGAACGCCGCUAAGACACCCCUUCCUUCAAUGGCUAGCAGCAUCACAGGAGUGUCUAAAGCUAGAACCAAGACUGUGAAAAUGACAGUGGCGAUUGUAAUGGCAUACAUCUUCUGCUGGGCGCCGUUCUUUGUCGUACAGCUGUGGUCUGUUUGGGAUGAGAAUGCGCCCACAGAAAGUAAGAACGUUUUCAGCUCUCUUUUCAGAAUUCGUUCUGUUCGGACAGUAUUUGGUAAAUAGAUUAAUUUUAGCCAUUAACUAUGUAUAUCACAUACGAAAAAAUAUUUUUAA